CAUGACGCCUCAGUUGCCUCCUCUCUCCUGCUCGCUCUCUCUCCGCAUCUCUGCCUCCAUCAGGACACGGAGCUCCGCCUCGGAUGCUGCUGGAACUGUUUAUCUGAUUACCAGAUACACGAGCUGCGCUUCCUUAAAGCGACACCCUGGCCUUAAUUAAUUACACUGCCAGUGAGAGAGAAAGAGAAAGAAGGAGAAGAGGAGAGAGAGACGCCGAGGAUGCAGUGCCCACCUCCUCCGCCGCCGCUUCAUCUCCUGCCUCGAGGUUAUGAACUGUAAUCUGACCCUGCACGCCAGCAGGAAGACUCCCUCCUCUUCCUCCUCCUCAGUGCGUGACGCGGGUUUUUCUUCCGCUUUCUCUCUGCAUCACGCUCAGCUGAUGAAACUGGCAGCAAACGCGCGUCCCUACAGCCUGCACGGCAUCUAUGGAAGGCGUUUUUAGGUCCGCGUGUGAGCGUCCUCUCUGCUGUGCUGGCGGCCUUCCUGUGUUUCUGCACUCCUGUUUCGCCGCCGGUACUUUUCCGCUCGCACGCAGCAGAUGAAACCCCGACUCCCUGCCUCUGCGCUUCCUCCCCGCGUGGGCUCUGAGACCUGCGUCAAGCGCGCCUCGUCCUCUCCGCGCCCCCGCCGUCGCCGUGCCGCUGAUGCGGUGCGCCUGGGUGCUCGCUUUCUCCUCGUCCUGGCCGGUUCCUGAUCCUCUGGGCCGGAGGGCUAGCCUCCUCCAUCGGGGCAGGAUGGUACGGUUUGUGAGCGCGCUGGGGCUCGUCAUAUUCAGCGUGGCGCUGCUCAUCCUGUCUCUCAUCAGCUAUGUCUCCAUCAAGAAGGACUUCCUGUUCAGCACCCCGAGAUAUGGACACAACGGCGGACCCAGGAUGUACAUGUUCCACGCGGGGUUUCGUGAGAGGCCACCUCGCAAACCCGACCUGAGCUCCCAGUUGGCGAUGAAGUAUUUGGAUCCAGCUUUUACUUCUCUGACCAACGCUCUCAGCGAGGACCUGCAGAACUCAUCUAAAUGGAGGCACAACAGCACUGCUUUUAACCAGCAGAGGAAGGAGAUCUCUCAGUACAUCGACAUACCCCACAACUUCACGCUGACUCGAGACUCAGUCCGAAUCGGUCAGCUGAUGCAUUAUGACUACUCCAGCCACAAAUACGUCUUCUCCAUCAGUGACAACUUUCGCUCUCUCCUCCCGGAGGUCUCACCAAUCCUCAACAAGCACUAUAAUGUAUGUGCUGUGAUUGGCAACAGUGGUAUCCUCACUGGCUCACGCUGUGGUCCCCAGAUUGAGAAAUACGACUUUGUCUUCCGCUGCAAUUUUGCGCCGACUGAGAUCUUUAAAAAAGAUGUUGGGCGUCGCACCAACAUGACGACCUUUAACCCCAGUAUCCUGGAGAAAUACUAUAACAACUUACUAACUGUGCAGGACAGAAAUAACUUCUUCCUUAGCCUGAAGAAGCUAGAUGGCGCCAUUCUGUGGAUCCCAGCGUUUUUCUUCCACACGUCGGCCACAGUGACGAGAACGUUGGUGGACUUUUUUGUGGAGCAUAAAGGUCAGCUCAAGGUCCAGCUCGCCUGGCCUGGAAACAUCAUGAAAUAUGUCAACAACUACUGGAAAACCAAGCAGCUGUCGCCGAAGCGCCUGAGCACAGGCAUUCUGAUGUACACGCUGGCUUCUUCCAUGUGUGACCAGAUCCACCUGUACGGUUUCUGGCCCUUUGGCUGGGACCCGAACACAGGCAAAGAGCUCCCCUACCACUACUACGACAAGAAGGGCACCAAAUUCACCACCAAGUGGCAGGAGUCCCACCAGCUGCCAGCCGAGUUUAAACUCCUCUACAAGAUGCACACAGAAGGACUGCUGAAGCUCUCCCUCUCCCACUGUGCUUAGGGAUAAAACUGUGGCAGGUACUGUGCUCCUUCAGGCUCCGAUCCAGCACUUCCACUGGCCGGAAUUACAGAAAGGGUGAGACAAGCAAAGUUGGGACUCCUGCCGUUUAGUCAAAGGCAACAGCUUGACUGUAAGGCUGAGUUGGUGCAGUGGAGAUCAGCCUGAGAUACCAGAGCAAAGGCUCGUAAUCGUGCGCUCAAGAUGAACUGUGACAGCUCAAUAAACAAGCAGUGUGUUAAUUUUCUACUGCUCAUAAAUCUACAGCUGAACAGCACUGCGUUUAGUUUCAUUUUACCACAGAAAGGUGGACUGUCAUGCAAAAGCUGGUCUUCAGACGAGUGUCACAGUGCUGAAUCAUUUAAUAGCUUUUUAAUUGCAGUCGUGGUCUUUCACAGAACUAAUGCAGACACAUGCAACAUAAAACAGCUCCAUCCAGAAAUGACAGCAUGUAGGCCAAUCAGAUUCAAGCACAUAGAUCCAGGCAUGGCAAAAAACAUGAUUUUGUGGCUGUUUUCAAAAAUUGCAAAGUGCUGUCUUACGUUCGUUAUAUAUUA